CUGGACGGCCCGAUAAACACCGACGGGGACUAUACAGGGACAUCACGACCAUUUUCGAGUUCGACAGGCUUUUCCAUGGAUGAAGAGGAAAAUACCCGAAGGGGCGGUGCUGUUGGCCACCCGCUGGCGCAGCCAGUGUCAAUACCAGCUACUAACGGCCUGCGAUACAACACACAGCAGCCUGCGAUGCAGGAGGUACCGUAA